AUGGACGCGUCGGCUGCGAAGGAGGGCGGCGGUGACACGCGCGGUGGCGGGUGGGGGGCGGUCGAGGUGGUGCGCGAGGGCGACCUGGAGAAGCAGUCGCCGGGCACACUUGGCAAGCGGUGGCAGACGCGGCACUUCACCCUCACCCCCACCGCCCUCGUCUACGCCAAAAAGAGGAAACACGACGUGGUGGAGCGAGGUUCGAUCGCGCUGGACAGGGUGCAGGACACUCGGCUGGUGGUAGUUGACGGCAAGAAGACUGCCGCCAAGGGCCGGGUGCUGUUCGAGGUGGUGACGGAGGGGCGCGUGUAUGUCAUGGCCGCGCGCGACGAACGAUCGGCCCGCGAGUGGGUCGACGCCAUCCGCGACGCCCGCGCGCAGCUCAAGGCCUCAGCCUCACCGCCGUCACUGUCGCCGCCGCUGUCGCCCACAGCGUCGUCUACUUCAUCAUCGUUAUCAUCACCUUCUUCCGCGACCAAGUCAUCGCGCUUCGGUCGUCUCCGCAGAAAGAGCGCAAGCCAAGGGCGCGACAUGUCGACUUCGGGAGCAGCGCCCGGGGCCUUCGCUAUUCCUCACAGCUCCGGUGGUGACGCGAGUGGGCUCAUAGCGGGCGAGCAGCUGCUGCACGGGGGUGGAAGCACGGAGCCCGACGUGCUGGUCGCCCAUCACGCCCUGCGCGAUUGCAGGCGCGGUGCGCUGUGGGUGACCAACUACCGCCUCAUCUUUAUCGCGCAGGUGCGCCACGCCGAACAAGACUUGCCGGGCUUUGCGCUGAAGUGCAAGGACUUCCGGUCCGUCUCUGUCUUCUUCCUCACCGCCGAGCUGCACAAGGCCAUCUCGGCUAUCUUCAAACAGCGCCUGUGUCCCGCCAAGCUAUCGGACCUGUUUGCCUACAAGAACAAGGAGAGCUUUGCCGCGGCGCCGCCGGUCAACGCGUCCGGCUUCUGCGUCUACGACGCGGCGGCGGAGUUCAAACGGCAGCAGACGCCCGACAAGCAGUGGCGCAUCACUAGACUCAACCGCGACUUCCGCUACCCGCGCUUCCCCAACCUCUUCGUCGUUCCCGCGGCCAUCACCGAUGGUACCCACCUGAAUCGUGUGUAG